CAAACCGCCAACAUUAAUUGUUACAACAGAAUUUUCAAAAUCCGAUCACCGACACAAUGGCUUGUACUGAGAAUAUCGUGCCGUCCGGUGCAAUACCAAAAAAAUCGUGCACAAACCUAUCGAUUUCAUCCCCCAGUGAUCACAAUCGUCUUCAGCCCUGGCAGCAGAGGCUCUUCGGUAAACAAUUGUUUCACUGCGGUGAUGGUGAUAAACUUGUUGAUGUUAACAGUGCACUUGUCGGGGAGAAAGGCCCUAUGUGCGACAUCAUUGGGGUUUAUUUCAGUUUUAUCAAUCCCGGCGCCACGUGCGAUGAUUUCACGAGACAAUUACUUGGAUUGUAUCAGAAUAUCAAUGCUGGUGUUUUUGUGAAUGGGGAUCACGGGGAAGGGGGGAAGAAGAAGAAAUUUGAGGUAGUGCAUGUGGUGCUCUGGAGUAAUGUUGCCGAUGUUCUGGAUUUUGAGGAGAGCUUUCGAAAUCAUGUGGCCGAUUUGCCGUGGCUAGCUGUGCCUAAUCGGGAUUACGAGAGGAAGACAAGAUUAACAAGGAGAUACAGAAUCAAAACCGGUGUACCGACCCUAAUCCUCUUGGAAGGUACAAGUGGCUCUGUGGUGACUCGUGGGGGUGUGGAGAGGGCACUGGCCGAUCCCAGUGGCUCGAACUUUCCGUGGAGAGCUUCACAUCCAAAGUCAGCCCUCGAGGAUGGACCACUGAUGCCCUGUGGUGCUCGAGACAGCAAUGAACCGAUGCUACAUGAGGAGCUACGGCACUGCGUCAAGGGGGUUUAUUUCAGCGCCCAUUGGUGCCCCCCCUGCAAAGCCUUCACUCCACAAUUGGUGGAUACUUACCAGCGGAUUCGGGAGAGGGGACACAACUUUGAAGUGAUUUUCGUCAGUUCCGACAGGAGUGAAGAGUCGUAUAAUGUCCACACGGAGUCGAUGCCGUGGCUGCGGAUCCCCUUCAAUCAAGAGGAGAGACGGAAGAAACUGGCGAUUGCACUUGACGUUCAGGCGAUACCCACCCUCGUGAUUCUCGAUCCCAGGGACAAUAUCAUCACUCUGGAGGGGAGGGCUGAGCUGCUGGAGGAUCCAGAGGGGCUAAAUUUUCCCUGGACGAUCAGACUUGUCAACAUCCUCACUGAGAAGUAUGCGACCUCUCUCCAUGAUGCCCCAGCCAUCAUUCUUUUUGUCGAGGGUGACGACUGUGAGGUGCAGUUUGGGGAGAGUGUUCUCCUGCCAGCAGCUGAGGCCUACAGGAGGGACAGGCCUGAUUACGAUCCGAAUUAUGAUGAUCCUGACGGGACACUUCAAUUUUUUAUCGCUCUUGAUGGAGAAACGUCCGAUAUUCUCCGGGAAUUCGUCGGCCUGGAUGAUGCUGUGCCACUUCUGACUGCCAUAGACAUUCCCCGAGGAGUUUACGCAGUGAUGGAGGACGGUGCUGAAAUAACUGUCGAUUCUGUGCAAUAUUUCGUCGAUGGAUUUAGAUCUGAAAAAUUGCCAACCAACAAGAUAGCUGCCAGCCAAAAAUCCAAAAACGAUAAAGUCAACGUCUGAGGCUUGGUGUCACUGGAAUUCUUGUGUACAAAGUUCAUCGCCCAAUGCAUUGCAUUCCCAUCGUAUCAUUAGUUGGAUAAAUUGUAUAUUGUAUAAGGAGCAUUUAAUAAAACCAAACAGAACUGUA